AUGUCCUCAACAAUGACCUUGACGAUGCCUGCCCUGCCGCAACCAAGACUCAGCACGAUCCCCUGCUGUCCCAGCUGUGGGAAUGACCUCUCCCUAUCCUUCAUCCCAAAGGACCUUUCCAGCGACGCCCAUGGCGCCCUCACCGCCGCCCAGAAGCAAAUCGAAGACCUGCAAGCCCAAGUCCGCCUCCUGAACCAGAAAGCCACUGCUGCGGUCGACCGCUGGGCCGACUACGAGGAUGAGCUGGGAAAGCUCAAGAGCGAGCUCAACAAGCGGAACAACAGCGCCAGCGCCGUCACCGCCUCGACGCGGCCCCAGACCCCGACCCUGCGCGAGACGCCCUCAUCCCCGACAAACACCACCAGCAGCCUCGGCAGCCCCAGCGCCGCCGUCACCAGCUUCGCCUCCGCCGCGAGCAGCAGGAUAUCCGCGUACCUGUCCCGGAAGUCGACGCCGAACCUCAAGGCCCAGCAGCCCAGCGGCCACCAGAGCUCCCUCAGCACGUCGUCGCUGCUUCCCGGCGGCAGCCCGGCCCCCAGUCCAGGCCACCAGAGCAGCCGCAGCACAUCAUCACUAGUACCGCCACGGACGCCGGGCGGAGGGCCGUUGACACUCUCCCUGUCGGGCGGAAAGGUUACGUGGACGCCGGGCCACAGCCCGGCCCCGUCGAGCGACGACCUCCUCGAGGCGCUGACGCGCGAGCAGCAGCUGCGGCUGGCGGCGGAGGGCAAGCUCAACGACUCGAGCAAGGAGAUCGAGGACCUGAGCGUGACGCUGUUCGAGCAGGCCAACGAGAUGGUGGCGACGGAGCGGCGGGCGCGCGCGCGCCUCGAGGAGCGCGUCGGCGAGCUGGAGCGCCGCGAGGGCGAGAAGAAGAGGCGCCUCGAGCGGCUCGAGCAGGCCAUGGGACGGAUCGAGAGGGCGCGCGCGCUGCUCGAUGGGACCAGGAGCGAGGCCGAGAAGAGGGUUAGUGCUUGA